AUGGUGGCGAUGCUGCUGAUCACCGGCGUUCCAGCCUUACCAGAAACAACAAACGAGACCAUCACAUCGUACUACCUCCAGCCCUCCAAGAUACCGAGCGUGCGAAGUUACAUGCUCUGGAACGGCAGCUUCCCUGCCAACCUUACGGCUCUCAGCAUCUGCUACCGCCUCAGACUGCAUUACUUCAGGCCUGAUGUUACUGUCUUCUCGUACCGGGACGAGUCUGGCUCAGAGAUCCUUACUGACCAUAAUCGUCGAGGGAUGCAGGUGGAGGUGAUGGAAUACAAUGUACGCGUCACCACCAACAUCGUCACGCCACUCAUGUACUGGGCAAGCUUUUGCACCAUCAUCGAUGCUGAUGCCGGAAGAUUGGCUGUAUUCUUCAACGGAAAAUUGAUGAAGGAAGAAUGGUUUGUGCCAGGGCCGCAGAAGUUAAGCCAGGCGGGGGGCACCGUGGUGCUGGGUCAGGACCAAGACAGUCUGGCGGGGGGCUUCGACCCAGCCCAGUCAUAUUGCGGAGAGAUCACGGACCUACAAGUGCACAGCUACGCGCUCACAGACACGCAGGUGGUGCAGGUGAUGUCGUGCAGCCCAGGGCUAUACGUGCCUCCUGGUGACGUCAUCAACUGGCGCACGGCUACGUGGACUUUCGGCGAAGACUAUAAAACUAAGCUGUAG